AUGAGCGCCGGCAACCAGCAGCCUGGCGGCUCACUCGUCGACCGGCGCUACUGCCGGUCUCGCUGGGAGUCGGUGUACGCCCUUUUCGGCCUGCGCGGCCGUGGCUCGUCUUCGUCUACGGUCGUCGCAAACGAAAUCCCCCCUGCAAACGACAGUCGCCCGCUGACCAACACAACUUCCCUGUCGGCUGUGCGGGCGUCUACCCAGUCAGCCUCCAGCAGACUGGAGCUGCUUGCAGCGCCUCGAAACUCCGCCCCGCGGAGGCGGAUGAUAAACAUGCUCCCCCGUGGCAGAGCGGCGGAAGCACCUGGAGAGCUCUGCCCCCCCAGCGAACGCCCCGCGGGCGGACUGCGGCGAGCGUCGACGAACUCGCGGGUCCUGGCGGCUCUGGCGUCCGCCCCUGACGCGCUGCACACGCCGCCCUCGCCCCCCGCCUGUCCUCGCCAGCCGUCCCUGUCUGCGCGUCCUGCGCCUGCAGCCGAUGCGCGGCCUCUGCUCAUCUUGCGCAGCGACGCUGCGCCGCUCAACAGACCAGCCGCCGUCGCGUCAGCCGGCAGUGCCCUGGGGUGGCAGAGCUCAACGGGCGCUCCCGCCCGCCCUUCAGAACCUGCCUCGGGGCCUAGUGGCGGCUGGACGGGGAGCGGGGGGGCGAGGCCCUGCAGACCGCGCCUUCGAGCCGCCGACCGAAUCGGCGAAGCCGCGUGCGGGCGUUCUUCGCCUUUGCGGCGCGGCGCAGACGCCUCCGCGCGAGACGGGCGUCCUCGACGCCUGCAAGUCUCUCCGACGACAGAUCCGCCGCCUCUCAGGCCCCAGUGCCGGGCGCCGAAGGCCCGUCAGCCAGCAGAGAGGGCGCAAACGGGGACGGCGCGCCAGGGACUGGAGCCUGGCAAGCCGCCGCGGCGCCGCACGACACGCUGCGCCACCGACCGCGUUCAGGCGAAGCUCAAAUCGUCUGCCCUGUCUGGGUUUACCCGCGUCGUCUUUCUGUAUGUUUCGCUGCGCUCAUUCUGCAGUGCAAAUCCAUUCGCGGGAAGCGUCACGGCGCGCCAAGUCCUCGUCCACAUUGAUGGAUGUUUGGUCGCCGAGCAGCUCCGCGUGCAGUUGGAGCCUCAGCACUGGGAUCGUCUGCACAGCUUGAUCGGCUGUUGGAACGAUCGGUUUGGGCGCGUCGAGAGCGGUUUGAUUACUUUUGACCCGCCUGCGUCUGCGUCGCAUCGGCGUCCUCCAGCGGCGCUGACGUCGCUGCGGUCGCUCUUCCGAGACGAUGGGGACAGCCCACCGUCAUCUUUGUCGCCCGCCGCCCGCGAGCGCAGGAGGACUGUUCUGACCUGUCGACCCGAGCCGCCGCAGAGCGUUUCGGAGCUUCCGCCCCUCUCCUCCAGCGGCGUUGAAGACGAUGUGGUCGAAGCGCCUGGACCUGGUCUCGAGACGCCGUCGCCUCCGCUUUCGUGUCUUUCGCUGACGCCGACGCCGCCGCGCUACGUGCUGGAGCGCCGCCAGCAGCUCGUGAGGCAGCUGCGGCAGAUCGAACUGCACACGACGCCUGCGCAUCGUCUCUUCCUCCAGCGGACGCGGGCGCACCUCGAGGUACCGACACGGUACUUCCCCGGCGCCGUGCCGCACCGCCACCGCAGCCCAGCUCGUCCGCCGGUCGGGCUGAGUGCGGAAGUGCCUGUGGCGCGUCGUCGAUACCCCGUCGACGACAGCGACGACCUCGUCGCGGCGCGCCUCGAGGGGGUGGUGGAGGCAGAUGCUGGGCUCUGGCCUGACGAGGCAGCCGUUCGAGGACCAGGCGGCGCGGGAGGCGGCUUCGUCGCGUUCGGGAGCCUGUUGCCGAACUUGGAGGGGGCGGCAGGGCGCAGAUGGACGCGGAGCGGCUUGGCGCCGCCAUGGGGCGGCGAUGCGGACUUGAGCGACGGUUCCCUCAUGGGCACAGAUCGAAUCUCGUUUCAGUCUGAAACGAGCCCGACGACCGCGCCGUCGUCGGUCCCGGCGUCCGCAAGUGAAAACUGGAGCGGCGACGCCAACCUGGACGCGCUCAGCGGCUCCCGGCUCUUCGGGGGUGGCGCGCAAGGCGACGCUCGCGGGGCGAGCGGGUGGGCGCACACCACCUCGAGCUCCGAGGCAGAUCCGCCAGGCUCGCAAGCGCGGUCGCCGCCGGCGGGGGCAGCCGAAGAAGCCAGAGACAGCGGCCGGGCCCCUGGCUCGUCUUCCCGCCUGCGGGCGAGCCUGGACAGCGUCCGCCGCAGACUGCACGGCAGCCACGGGAGUGCGGCUGGGCUCGGCGAACCGGGAGCUUCGCCGCCUGACGCUGGCGAAGCGAGCGGCGGGGCGAGCGGCCGUCGUGAUCGGUCGCCGAGCGGCACGACCGCGGGCGACAGCCCAGCAGGACUGGGCUCCUCUGCGGAGGGGGAGCUCCGCGACCCCUCCAGCAGUGCCUUCGACAGAGCAGAGUCAGGUGGCGGCGGGGCGACGAGCAGCGCCCUCGAGGUGUGCUCAGCGCCAGGGGGCGAGACCCCAGGGACGCCACCGUCGGGACCGCCACGCAGCCCCGUGCCGCCCGAGGCUCUGGGCUUGUCGGGCUCUGCGCGUCAAGAGACAAAGGGGGCGGCGACGCAGGAGGGAGACCCGGAGCCUGAGAGCGACGGGGCACCGCGGCGACGACGCCCCGCGGGAAGGCGAGGCCGCGGCUUCGACUCACCGGGCAGCGAACCUGAGGCAGCGUCGGAAGCCUCGUCGGCGCGCCGGCCUGACCAGGGGGAAGUGGGUGGACGCGAAGCAGGUCAGGGCGCCGAAGCGCCCCCUGCGGGUCUCGCGCGGGCCUGGCGGCAAAUUAGUCGCCCUAUCGACCCGAGGCCACUCGACCCAAACCUGCUGCUCGACUCGCUGGUGCAACUGACGCGUGGGGAGCGGGCUGGGAGUGAAGAGUCCCUCGCCAGAAGAGCGUACAGAAAAUUCGGCCAGGCGAACUGCGACCAGUUUGUGGAGCUGGCGAGCUUUCCUUUCAACGUCAAAAAAGACUGGUUCUACGCACAGCUGAGCAGCAUGAGGGUCCACUUCGCGCAUUCCUGGGUUGUGAUAGAUGUCCGUCGACACGAGCUCUUAGAAGCGGCGUUCGAGCGGAUGCAGUCCCUGUCGCCGCACGACUUCCACAAGGAGUUCAAAUUCCAGUUUCAGGGCGAGUGCGCGGCCGACGCAGGAGGCCCGACGCGCGAGUUCUUCACUCUUAUCUCACAGAAGAUUUUGGACGCGAACGUGGGGCUCUUCAAGCAGUGCGAGGUCGACGAGAUCACUUAUCAAAUCAACCCGCUCUCUGGGAUAAACGAAGGGCAUCUCGACUUCUUCCGCUUCGUCGGGUGUGUCCUCGGCAAGGCGGUCUUUGACAGGCAGAUUCUCGCGGCUCCCUUGUGCCGACCUCUUCUGAAACAGCUGCUGCUCCAGUCUCUCGAGGUUCAAGAUCUAGCGCAGAUGGACAUCCAGCUGCAUCGCUCUCUGCAGUGGCUGCGGCGACAUCCAAUCGAGGAGACAGUUGAGACGACUUUUGUGGCGGUCGAGGACUACUUCGGGACAUCUCAGGAAGUUCCUCUGAAAGAGGGUGGCGAGCGGGAACGCGUGACCGACGCGAACAAAGACGAAUACGUCUACCUGAUGGCGAAACGCAAGAUGGUCGAUAGCGUUCGCCUACAGCUUCAGGCUCUUCAGCAGGGGUUUUGGAGCGUCGUUCCGCUUCCCCUUCUUCGGGUCUUCGACGAGCGUGAAUUCGACCUCAUUUUGAAUGGCCGGCCUUACGUCGAUGUCGAAGACUGGAAGCGACACACGCAGUACGUUGGCGAGUUCCACGACAGCCACCCCGUCGUUCGCUGGUUCUGGGACAUCGUCGCAAACACAUUCAACGACGACGAACGCGGGCGCCUUCUGCAGUUUUGCACAGGCACCAGCCGAGUGCCGUCUGAAGGCUUUCGAGUUCUGGAGAGCAACCGCGGGCAGCUGGCUCGAUUCACCUUGCAGCCCAUUGAGCGCGGAGGCGAGAGCUGUCCAGCGCCGCUGCCGCGCGCUCACACGUGCUUUAAUAGGCUGGACUUGCCCAAGUAUCAUUCCCGGGACGAGCUGCUGCACUACAUGGAGAUCGCGAUUCAGAUCGACCAUCUCACGGGGUUUGGUGUUGAUGAAUGA